AUGCUACUCGAAUUGCUCCGUCAACGUGAGUUAUUCCUGGCCCCUGGGCCGUGCUGCCCAGGCGAGGUUCACGUAGCCAGCUCCGGCCGGGCGACGCUCGACGCAGGCCGUCAUUGACCGAUGGACUGACAGUUCCCACCUCCUGGAAUCGAGAAUGCAGGCUAUCUCGAGAUGCUGCGGUCGGUGCCGUCGCGGUGGAAAGUCCUCAUCGUUGACGAGUAUACGCGCCCGAUGCUCAAUUCAGUGCUGUCGACCUACGACAUCCUCGAGGAAGGUGUUCAACGUAAGCGCACAUUCUGCCGUCGACCGGUGCGACGUGGGCCACCACCACGGCACCAGGGGGGCUGGGACAGCAGGACCUGGGACGUGGGGAGUGGGCUCACGAUCAAGCCAGACUCCCGCGUCUCGUCUCCGGGUGACAUGCAGUACGCGACAUCUAUCAUCACAACAUCUAUCUCACUCGGCACUGGCUCCAAUUCGCCGAGCCCAUUCUGGAAAUGACAUAGCUCCACUGGAACCCUGCUCACCCUCGUACCGGCGUUCGGCUCGGCUUUUGCACAGAGGUCGAUGUCAUCACCGCGCCCCGUUCGCCGCAGCCCCGUCUGGCGGCUAUCUACCUCGUCAUGCCGACCGCACAAAACGUGGACCUGAUUUUGCGCGACUUUGCUCCCCACUCGUCGCCCAACUCCAACUCUGCGCAGCGUUCUUCCAAGAAACGCGAGCCGGCGCAUUCGAGCGCACAGGCAGAGCCUCCCCGGUACGCUUCGGCCUACCUUCAAUUUUUAGAGGGUCAGUCCGUCUUGUGUUGCCGACUCUACUCUCGACGAGCAAAAGCGAUCGGAGUCCAACCUGCCUCUUACCGGCGCGAACAUCUCCGGCAGGCAUCGACGACCAACUUGUCGGUAGAUUAGCGUCUGAGCUUCCCCACACCUAUCUCCUGGCCCUCAAAGAGCUAUACCUCAACCUCCACGGUGCGUCACGGAGUGCGAAGCAGAUCCAACAGCGUCUUUCCUAACCCCUCUGUCUCCAUCAGCGCUCGAAUCUCGGGUCUUCAGUCUCAAGUCGCCCCACGCCUUCCUGAGCCUUUUCUCACCCCCGGGAGCAAAAGUCGACGACAGUGUCGCUCGGUGGAACUAUGAAAUUUCUCGCAUGAGUCACACCGUCAGUCAUGUGCGGCCUCCAUCGAGUGUCGCACGGAAAAUACUCAUUUUUGAACUUUGGCUCGAAUUACUCGCUUCCUCAGCUCGUCAAUGCUCUGGCGACACUGGGUGAAUAUCCCGUGAUUCGAUACUACAGCCCGCCUUCCUCAUUUCAUGGUCUGCUCGGGCCCGCUGCUGCCGCUGGGGAACCCAUGUGCAAGCGGUUGGCCGAGCGAGUGCAGGCCGAGAUCGACGCGUAUGCUCGGGACAACAGCGAUUUCCCGGUUAGUGAUUGACGGGCUGUCCGCCUUUUAUCUCCCCGCGGCCUGACAAACUUGCGAUGCUGCAUCGGUUCACAGCCGAUAUCUGAUCCCCCACGGCCUCGCGGAGUUCUGCUCAUCACCGACCGGUCGAUGGAUCUGUAUGCGCCAUUCGUUCAUGAAUUCACAUACCAAGCCAUGUGCAACGACCUGCUCGACAUCGAAGAUGGUCGCACGUAUAGGUGAGCUCAAGUUGACGAAGUGGCCAGGAAUAUUGGCGUAACCCACACAAGUCACCAAUCGUCGCAGGUACACAUUUCGCAAUGCUGCGAACGAUGUCGAGGACAAGGAAGCCAUUCUCUCCGAGGAGGACAGCGUGUGGACGGAAGUGCGACAUAUGCACAUGAAAGAUGCGCUGGACAAGCUUAUCGCCGACUUUAAAGCGUAUGCAGGGGAGCACGAUGGCAAGUUUGGUCAAAGUGGAGGAACGAGCUUGAAUGACAUGAAGGACAUGCUCGCAAGUCUUCCCCAGCUGCGAGAAGCUAAAGAAAAGGUGGGUUCUGGGUCGCCAGUACCCCAUCGAUGUGCACGUGCAAAGUCAUCUCACUCUAUGCCAAUUAUGCGUUCAGCUUUCGCUGCAUCUGACAAUGGCGGAGAAGUGCAUGCACCUGUUCGAAAAGAAGAAGUUGCCCUCGGCCGCGUUUGUGGAGCAGGUAUGUCGGUACUGGGCUUCGGCGAUCCCGACCGUACCGCCCACUUAUUUUGAUCCCUUGUCGCAAAGUGCUGCGCCACAGGUGUCACACCAGAAGGCAAGAUACCUAAGACUUUAGUGGAGGAGAUGGUUCCGCUGCUUGAUGAUAGAUCAGUGAGGUAAAAUCUGAGCCCCGGGCUCUACGCAAAAUAGGGUAUAGACGCAUUGUCACGAGAGCUGACAUGAGCGAACGAGCACAUCGCAGCUCGACUGACAAACUCCGGAUCAUUGCCCUGUACAUCAUGCACCGUGACGGCGUGCCGGAAGGCGACAGGAGGCGACUCUACCAGCACGCACGCUUGGCACUGCACGAAAUGGACGCUGUCGACAAUUUGUCGCAAAUGGGGAUCAACGUCUCGAAAGACUCCGGCAAAAAGCGCAAGGCUCUGUUCAAACAACGGCCCGAAGAGGACUCGUACGACAUUUCACGAUUUCAGCCUGCGCUCAAGUACAUGCUUGAAGAGCACAUUGCAGGUUCCCUCGAUCAAACAACGUUCCCAUAUGUGCGUGAUGCACCUCCGAGUGGCGGCUCGUCAUCGUCACGGGCAGCAUCUGUCGCGCCGACUCAAGCUGGCUCACUACGGAGCGCAAGGCCUCAGUGGACGGCCACGCGGGGGCGACGGACGAUCGCAGAACUCCGUCAACGAGUGAUUGUCUUUGUCGCGGGAGGUAUGACCUUUUCCGAGGUCCGAGCUGUGUAUGUCCGGUCACUGCUUCCCUUCACGUCAUGUCCCAGCGAUAACUUACGCAAACAACUGACCGCGCCUUCAAACAGCUACAAAUUGUCCGAAUCCGCCAACAAAGACAUCAUCAUUGGUAGGCAGGCAAACGACGUCUACAUCGGUUACAGAUCGCGUCUGAUUGCACUUCCCUCGCUCCCAACCAUUCACAGGUUCUACAAGCACCAUCACACCCGAGCAAUUCGUCUCGGACCUCUCCAAUCUCGAUCGCGGUCCUCCGGGGAGCGACGCAUCCCCAAUACCGCCAACUGCACUCUCGGCAUCCCGGAAAGGAAGCAAAACCUCGAUCCUGGCAUCGCAUUCGCACCAAACGAAUGACAGGUCUCACCCUCAUUCACUUGCCCCUCCAUCAGGUCAAACUCGCUACGGCCCGGAAACCCAUGCCCACUCCCAUUCCCAUCCUCAUUCGCAAGGAGGGGGUCCUCCUCCCGGUAACCAUAUGCCCCCGCCCCCCAACUCGUAUCCGUCGUCCACUUCUUCGCGAGAUCCUCGAAAGCUCUCUCCCCUCGAGUAUGCUCCCUCGUCGCAUUCAUCCAGUUUGUCGCCCCACGCGUACUCGCCCGCGCAUAUUACCUCGAUCCCGUCGCCCUCGUCGAUUCGGUCAGUCUCGACGUCGUCGUCGGCGAUGCAUACCUCGGACCCGACUACUGUAACCCCGAGGGGCAACAAAACCCAGGGCUCCUCAAAUGUCGCGGCCGAGGUUGGAGAAAAGGAGAAAAAGAAGAAGAAGAAGCUGUUUGGAUUCUGA